AGCUUUAUUUAGACUUUGGGAUCAUGAUUUAUUGGCAUUUGUGUGAUUUAAAGCGUUUGCUGUAAAUCUUUUGGUUAACCCAUUAAUGUCAGCAUUUAUGCUUUAUGUUCCCAUCUCCCCAUAGGAUUCCCACCACAUCCCCUGAUGAUUUGUUUUCCGCCAGAGUUUCGUCUGUCAAAUUGGUUUCUGUAAUGCCUUCGACCUGACCUGGUCGAUAACAGAUCACCAGCGCCUGGGCCUGGGCUCGUCUCGUGUCUGGAUUUAGACAAAUGUUCUAUAUAUGUAGGACUCUUUGUUUCUCUGCUCCCAAGAUCCGAGAUCCCAUCAUCCCAAAAAAAGAAUAUGCUAAAGAACUCAAUGAAAUGGUUUAUAAAUGACCACCGCCAGCUCUAUGGAUGAAGUUGUUCGUAGCUCGUUUCAAUAAUUUAAACAAAAAGAACUAAAUUAUCAACAAAACGAGCCGAACCGAAUGGAAUGUGUGAAAUGAGCCGAGAAACUGCCUCUGAUUUUUCUUUUGGCCAAGAUGAUUUCUUACCCAUUAAUACAACAGUAUUAAAAGAGUAUUAAGUUUAUCAUAUAUAAUGAAAAAAUAAAUAAAAGACAAUAUUUAGAUAUUAAGUAUACGAUUAUGCAGUUGUCGGAGAAUAAUGCGGAUAUUCCAUUCUUUUUAAAACAAAUAAUUAUUUAAAACUUAUUUUUUACGAUAUCAAUAGUCUUAACUUGUUUUUAGAUAGUUUAUGAUUCUAAAUGAAAGUUACAAAUUAAAUUAAACAAGUACCGGAUAUCGUAUUAUUACGGAAUAAUUUUUAAAGCUUCACUUCACGAAUUUACAAUAGUACUGGGUAUCAUUUUCCUUAAAAUGUAACUCCUAAACUCAACUAUUUAAACUACAAAUUGAAACAAAAUAUUAUUAUACAAUUUAUAGUUCAGCAACUCUAAAAAAACAGUAUCCUCUGGUCGAGAGAUUUCUUAAACAAAUGAUCUGCUUUGCUUUUGCUUUUCCAUUCGGCUUCUGCUUUUGCUUUCGAUGAUGCUGGGCUGGAAACCACCUCCGCAUUCUCAUUUCAAAACGUGCGCUGGACGCGUGCAGUUCUCCAAAGAUCCCUUCUGGACCAGAAAUCGAUACCACCGAUCUCGCAUCUAGCCGUAGUCCGUAAUCCUUAAUCCUAAAUCCAAAAAUGCAUCCGGCCUCGCCGCAUCAUCACCGCACGCGCCUUCAAAUCGGUUCCCCCGGCGGAUCCGGUUCGGGAUCGGGCAACGUGCAAGCCUCCUCCUCGACGGAGACCUUUCCGUUAACUCCGCAGAUCCACCAGUCUGGUCAGCAGCACACAGUCCAUAUUCCGCCCUCCACAUCGCUGCCGUAUCAAGGACUCAAGACGUCCGAAAACGAUGACAUGGGCUGUGUCGAGAUCCUGGCCACCGUGGUCUCCGUGCUCAUCAUGGUCCUGACCUUCCCCAUCUCCGUCUUCAUCUGCUUCAAGGUGGUCUCCGAAUACGAACGGGCGGUGAUCUUCCGGAUGGGACGACUGCGCAGCGGAGGAGCCCGCGGUCCAGGUGUAUUCUUUGUGCUGCCCUGCGUGGAUGACUACUAUCCGGUGGAUCUGCGUACCGUCUCCUUCGAUGUGCCGCCGCAGGAGGUGCUCUCAAAGGACUCGGUAACAGUGACCGUGGAUGCCGUGGUCUACUAUCGCAUCAGUGAUCCUCUCAAGGCUGUCAUCCAGGUGUACAAUUAUAGUCAUUCGACCAGUCUCCUGGCGGCCACCACUCUGAGGAAUGUCCUGGGCACCAGGAAUCUCUCUGAGCUGCUGACGGAACGGGAAACGAUAUCGCACACCAUGCAGAUGUCCUUGGACGAGGCCACCGAUCCCUGGGGCGUCAAAGUGGAACGUGUGGAGAUCAAGGACGUGUCCCUGCCCACGGCUCUGCAAAGGGCCAUGGCUGCGGAGGCGGAAGCGGCCAGGGAGGCCAGAGCCAAGGUUAUAGCCGCCGAAGGUGAAAUGAAAUCCUCACGAGCUCUGAGAGAAGCCUCAGAAAUUAUAUCAGCCAGUCCGUCCGCAUUGCAGCUCCGUUACCUGCAAACUCUGAGCAGCAUUUCCACUGAGAAGAACUCAACCAUUAUCUUCCCACUGCCCAUGGAGCUGUUGACGCCUUUCCUCAAUUCCCAGGCUCAUGUCCAACAAUUGCAGUUGCAGCAGCAUCAACAACAGCAGCAACAUCAACAGCAGCAGCAGCAGCAGCAGCAGCAACAACAACAUGCAACAGGUCCUGGAACGCCAAUACAUCGGCAUCAACACCAUCAGGCACAUCACCAGUGACGCUCGAUGUCGGUGCUGCAGCCGUAUCUGGAGGCACUGCAUCGCUGCGAGCUCCAGCGGCAGCAGCGGAACGUGGCGGAGCCGGAUGACGAUAUCGUUGGGUAUUUGUUGUGAAUUGCAAUGCGACGACAGCAGCAGGAGGCAGCAGCGACGAAGCUCUCUGGGGGAAAACCCAAAAGAAAAAUUUAUCAUUUGCGGGGUUACUAGUUUUUACUAGACUUUACACUGAGAAAAAAAGAAAAGUUCAUUAGGAAAAUAACAAAUUACACAUUUUUUGCUAUGUAUAUACUAAAAGUUUUUUUUUUUAACAAUUAAAAUAAGAGUUUACAUAAAUAUGAGAAGCUAAAUUGCAUUAACUGCCUUUUAAAUAUUUAGAAUUACUUUAAUACUAAUUUAAUAAAUUAAAAAUAAAGAAACCGGUUGAAAAUGCUUGAAUACGUAGUUAAAAAAUAAAAUAAAUGACAUGAAAGCCUAAACUAAAUAACUACAAAUAAAUGUGUUUAAAAUAAACAAAUAAAACAUUUCUUCAAGUGUCUUUAAAGUUAAUUUAAAUGUGAAAUAGUCUCUGGUUUGAAAAGAAAACACAGAGUAAUCUCUGUGAAUCACACAUUUGACCCUUGACCCGGGCCCUCUUGGCCGAAGAAUGUCAUCUGACUUUCAUUCCGAGAUUCUGAAAUCGAUAAAAUGGUGGAAAUAUUGUGUCUAAAAACUGAUAGCGAG